AUGGCUGUUGUGGCAUGUAAUUUGAUGCCUACGGUAUCUUGCAAUAUAUUCAGAACUCUCCCUCCUAGUGACAGCAACGAAUUUGAUCCAGAAGAAGAUGAACCUACCCUUGAGGCGUCAUGGCCACACUUACAGCUUGUAUAUGAAUUUUUCAUCCGAUUUUUGGAAAGCCAAGAAUUCCAACCUAGCAUUGCCAAAAAAUAUAUAGAUCAGAAAUUUGUAUUACAGCUUUUGGAGCUAUUUGACAGUGAAGACCCUCGGGAACGGGACUACUUAAAAACAGUCUUACACAGAAUUUAUGGCAAGUUUCUUGGUCUUAGAGCAUUUAUCCGAAAACAGAUUAACAAUAUUUUUCUAAGGUUUGUUUAUGAAACAGAACACUUCAAUGGUGUAGCUGAACUGCUGGAAAUAUUAGGAAGUAUUACCAAUGGCUUUGCUUUACCUCUUAAGGCGGAACACAAACAGUUCCUGGUGAAAGUGUUGAUCCCUUUACACACCGUCAGGAGCUUAUCACUCUUCCAUGCCCAGCUGCCGUAUUGUAUAGUACAGUUUCUGGAGAAAGAUCCUUUACUCACAGAACCAGUUAUUAGGGGUUUAAUGAAAUUUUGGCCUAAAACAUGUAGUCAAAAAGAGGUCAUGUUCCUUGGGGAGCUGGAAGAAAUAUUGGAUGUGAUUGAACCUUCACAAUUUGUUAAAAUUCAAGAACCUUUGUUUAAACAAAUUGCCAAGUGUGUAUCUAGCCCCCAUUUUCAGGUGGCAGAAAGGGCACUCUAUUAUUGGAAUAAUGAAUACAUCAUGAGUUUGAUAGAAGAAAACUCUAAUGUCAUCCUUCCCAUCAUGUUUUCCAGUCUUUAUAGGAUUUCGAAAGAGCAUUGGAAUCCGGCUAUCGUGGCGCUAGUGUACAACGUGCUAAAGGCAUUCAUGGAAAUGAACAGCACCAUGUUUGACGAGCUGACAGCCACAUACAAGUCAGAUCGUCAGCGUUAGAAAAAGAAAGAAAAGGAGCGUGAAGAAUUGUGGAAAAAAUUGGAGGAUCUGGAGUUAAAGAGAGGUCUUAGACGUGAUGGCAUAAUUCCAACUUAACAGAAAUAAUGAGAACAACAUUACUAACCUGUGGAGUCACACAUUAUGUAGUAGAAGAUGGAGCAACAGUUUUCUGUAUUGUGCAACUUUACAGUAGAUUUCACAUUUGUUUCAUUAUUACAACAGCACUGUAUAUACCUGUCUCUAAGUAAAGGAAAAAAAAAUAAGGACUUCAAUCCAAAGUUUGGACAGUAGAUGGACUUCUCAGAACUUUGCAAACAUAAUCAUUGUUCUAACCCUCUUUUAAAAAAAGCGAUCUUCAGAGAUCUGUUGAUGAAAAUGCUGUGUUAAAAUUCCAUUACGGGGAGUUCCUUAUUUAUCCCUAGCAGAGAGUCUGUUACAAUUUUCAAAUGUGAACAAUCUUAAAUUUAGCUUGUCUUUCUGCUAAGCUGUUAAAUGUAUUUAUAGUAAAGGGAGAAAAAAAGACUGCCAUUUCCUUGUAAGUUUGUAUAACAUCCUCCUCUGGAUAACGUGACUGUAAUUUGACAUCUUUUCCUUUUGCACAUCUUCCUGAGUUGAAUGUUCAUGUGAAACGGGGCCAUGAAUUAUUAUAAAGGUCCCUGAUAAAAGUUUUGUUUACUGGGGUGAACAUCUUUCCAGUAACCAGGUAGUCCUGGUCCUCCUUUAGUUUUAAAAUUAGGAGUAAAAACGGAAGGGAUGAUAAACAUAGUAGGGAAGGGAAAUUUGGAUUCAUACAUUCAGUUUAUGGUGAAUCCAAAUCAAAGUCUUGAAUCCUU